UUAACUAAGCCAUUUUUAAAGAGUGGUUUACUCCCCCGAGUUGCUUUUGGAGAAAGAAGGACGCGAGCGAGGAAGGCGAGCCAUAGGCCUCCACCAUGUACGAGCUUUGCGCCUGCGCAGGCGGGCCGCGGCCGUGGGAUGCGCCCCAUCCGACGGUCGCCCGCGUUUGGGGCUUUAGGGAUGGUUGUGGAUGCUUUCUUCCUCGGUUGCGCCCUGGCCGAGCAACGAGCUCACUCACCAAUCAAUCCAUUUGCUUUGCUCUCCUCUUUCCCUUUCGAUCGAUGUCUCAGGUGGGCGAAAUGGGAUCCCUUGAUCAUGGCAUCUAUUCGAUCCACCGCUAGCUCUUCUUCUUGCUCGGCCUAGCCGGAUGGUUCUUAAGUUCGUGGGCUAAAAUAAAAUGUAGGCUGUGUGCUUCUCCCGAUUUUUUUUCUCGUUGUUUUCUCUUUUUUUUUCUUCUCUCUCGCGUGUGUUGCACUCGUAUAAGUAGUUCUUUACGUUUCUUCUUUCUUCGCAGUUCUCUCCAAGAAAUCAAAGAAGGAAUAGAUGGUUUCAGUGAUUCUUGGAGCAUCUCGGUAGAAAGUUGACGAGUUGGGCGAGACACUCUUUAAACCAUCGGUUCUUCCUAGAUCUGUAACAGCAUCGCUCCAUCUCCAAAGUUUUCUCAACCCGAGAUGAGACUCGAGGCCGACAUCUGGAGCUUGAACAACCAUCUCCUCGUCAAGAUCCUGGAGAAGCUGGACGAGGUGGUGGACAGGAAAUCGUGGCGUCUCACUUGCAAGCGCUUCUACGCGGCCGGGGCCGAGUCCCAGAAAACCAUGCGCCUCUUCAACUCGGAGCUCCUCCCGAGAGCUCUCGCGCGCCACACCGGCAUCGAGAGCCUCGACUUGUCCUCGUGCAUCAAGAUCACGGACGAGGAUCUCGCCCUUGUCGGGGAGCUCGCUGGGACGCGCCUACGAUCGCUCGGCCUGGCUCGCAUGGGAGGAUUCACGGUCGCCGGGAUCGUUGCUCUGGCGAGGAACUGCUCCGCGCUGGUGGAGCUCGACUUGCGGUGCUGUAACAGCCUUGGAGACUUGGAGCUGGCGGCCGUGUGUCAGCUGGGAAGCUUGCGAAAGCUCGAUCUCACGGGAUGUUACAUGAUCUCGGACGCUGGAUUGGGAUGCCUGGCAGCCGGUUGCAAGAAGCUCCAAGUCGUCGUGCUCAAAGGCUGUGUUGGUAUUUCGGAUGCCGGGCUUUGCUUCCUUGCUUCCAACUGUAAAGAGCUCACCACCAUCGACGUCUCCUACACAGAGAUCACGGAUGACGGCGUCAGGUGUCUAUCAAACUUGCCGUCUCUGAGAGUGUUGAAUCUGGCUGCGUGCUCCAACGUUGGAGACGCGGGAUUGACCCGUACAAGUACAUCAUUGCUGGAACUGGAUCUCUCUUGCUGCAGAAGCGUGACCAAUGUGGGAAUCUCGUUUCUCUCGAAGCGAAGCUUGCAGUUUCUAAAGCUCGGGUUUUGCUCGCCUAUAACUGGCCAGCUCUUGGAAGCAGUUGGAAAGCUCACACAGAUCCAAACACUUAAGCUAGCUGGCUGCGAGAUCGCCGGCGAUGGGCUUCGCUUCGUGGGCUCUUGCUGUCUUCAGCUAAGCGACUUAAGUUUGAGCAAGUGUAGAGGGGUCACGGAUUCUGGCAUGGCUUCCAUUUUCCAUGGCUGCAAAAACCUCCGGAAGCUUGAUCUUACUUGCUGCCUCGACCUCACGGAGAUUACUGCUUACAACAUCGCAAGGUCGAGCGCGGGACUUGUCAGCUUAAAGAUCGAAGCUUGCCGCAUUCUAACGGAGAACAACAUUCCACUGUUGAUGGAGCGGUGUAGCUGCUUGGAAGAACUGGACGUGACCGAUUGCAACAUCGAUGACGCAGGACUGGAAUGUAUUGCGAAAUGUAAGUUUUUGAAGACUCUCAAGCUCGGGUUUUGCAAGGUCAGUGACAAUGGCAUCGAGCAUGUUGGAAGGAAUUGCUCCGACUUGAUCGAGCUCGAUUUAUACAGGUCGGGGAAUGUUGGUGAUGCGGGAGUUGCGUCCAUAGCCGCUGGCUGCCGCAAGUUGAGAAUUCUAAACCUCUCGUACUGUCCAAACAUCACGGACGCUUCCAUCGUCUCCAUUUCGCAGCUCAGCCAUCUCCAGCAGCUCGAGAUCCGGGGUUGCAAACGAGUUGGCCUGGAGAAAAAACUCCCGGAAUUCAAGAACCUUGUAGAGCUCGAUCUCAAACACUGCGGGAUUGGCGAUCGGGGAAUGACCUCCAUCGUCUACUGCUUUCCAAAUCUCCAGCAGCUAAAUCUAUCGUAUUGCCGGAUCUCCAACGCUGGACUCGUGAUGCUGGGAAAUCUUCGCUGCUUGCAAAACGUGAAGCUCGUCCAGAUCGGGGAUGUUUCCAUCGAAGUUCUCGCGGCAGCACUCCUUUCGUGUGUUUGCCUCAAGAAAGCAAAGCUAUUCUGCAAUGCCUUGCUGAACGAUUCCAUCAACGCUCGCUAUCAGCAACUGGAAGAUCGUGGCUGCCGAAUUAGAUGGAUGAUCAAACCAGAGAGAUAGUGUCUAUGAUUUUUGUAUGGUUGUUAUUCUUCUCGUUGGUACCAGCGAGCAAACAAGAAUUGUUUUUCUUCUCUGUC